GCACCGUAACCUACACGCGCCAUUUGUUCCUGCAUCACCAUUUCUCCUUCCAUCCGCGAAAUUCGAAAUCUUUUUACUCGUCUUUCAGAUUCAUUGAUUCUUCUUUGAAUUCUGCUAAAUCCCUUGAUAUAGGGUUUUGCAUAGAUUUUUAAAUCUUUGUUUGGAGUUUUCGGGAAUCAGGAAAAGCACCGGGUGAAAGGUUUUGGAUUAGGGUUUUUUGGUUCCCUCGUCAAUGGCGACUAUCGGAGACGCGUUGCGUCAGGCGUUUAUGCCGAAGCACGAGUACGAGAGCCUAGAGGAGGAUAGAGCUUGGAUUAAGCUUCAGAAGCCCAUGUUAAUGGCGAUCGUGGGCUUCAUUUGCUUCGUUAUCUUCACGUGCACGGUCGUCAGCUUGAAAAUCGUGUUUCCUUCGGAUGUUCUGAAGAGGCCAUUUUGCAGUGACAAGAAGCUACUGUCAUUGUCCAUCAAUGGCAAAUCCGGCGACUCAGAUCUGUUUUCCAGUGCUUUUUACUUGACGGAUCAAGAAACUGCGGAUUACUACUGGAUGGUCGUUUUCGUACCCUCGACGAUAGUCUUCCUUGUAUCAGCUGUUUAUCUUGUAGCAGGAACUGAUGUGGCUUAUUCUGCUCCUUCUCGUCCUGAAUGUCUAAAAGUAGUCGAAAAUAAUUACUGUUCUUCGAGAAGAGGUGGAGUUCGCUGUCUCUCAGUUCUGAAUGCUGUCUUCGCUGUCGUAUUUGGUUUUGGUCUCCUUGCUCUGUUUCUUGGUUCAAUCCUCCUGACAUUGGGCAAUAGCUGUUCUCUGCCAUUGUUUUGGUGCUACAAGAUUUCUUCGUGGGGUUUAAUUGUCUUAUGUGGUGGAACCGAUUUCUUCCUUAGAAGGAAAGCGGCAGUGAUUCUUGACGAGGGAGAGUUUGGUAACCAGAAUCUCGAGCUGGAGAUGUUUGAAGCUAAACCUUUGGAAGUCACACAAGAAGUUGAAAGAAGAAUCAACGACUGAUUCAAGGUGUGGAUGGGACCAUCUCUGUUAUCAUCCGAUGAAGAAGAUGAGCUCGAUGUUUACAAAGAAACGCCUCAGGUGACUCGUACUCUUACUACUAGCGUGUGAUUCUUGAAAGAAGAGUAUCGGAUUACAUGCUGCCUUUGGAAUUCUCAUCUCCUCCUUGACAUCCCCAAGGAAUGCAGUGGAUAACGACGGCCCAUCAUGAUUUUUUGGAACGAUGAUUGGACCAGACAACUGUGUAACCUAGCUGCUGAGGACAUUGAAUCUUCCUAAUGAGGUGCUCACAUAGCUCGUCGGACAAGCUAUUUGACAGGAUUCGGAACCUGUCGCCAGACUCAAGUUGUUAGGGUACCCACGAGGUGUUCCAAAUGUUGGGAUACCCUCGGGUUGUCUUGAUAAGAGUGAGGAUGAGGAAAGAGAAAAAUAAUAGACGAAGAGCGAAGGAGGUGAGGGGCAAAAGAGGGAGAGGUGAAGAAAGAGAGAGACGAUAAACGGAGGAGAGCAAGACAAGGCGGGGACGAGAUGAUGCAAGGCGUCUGAACGACGAAAUCCUGAGCUGAACCCUAGACGAGCUCAGCCACGGUCCGUGGCCCACGGGUAUACGUAAUGUGGAUUUUCAUCGUCUGACAUUCGAAUUCAGAUGUUCAUUGUCGACGUACCUGAAUCUAUCUCGUCGGUGGGCGAAUAAUAUGUGAUGCCUAAAAGUUACCAAAAAUUGAGGGUCUUUUUGGGUACGGAAUCAUUGAUAUGUACUGUUUCUUGUACAACAAGACAUAAUUACUUGAAACUCACCAUGAUGAUGAACGACUGAUCCUCAUGAAAAGAAUAUAAUCUUUUUUUUCCA